AUGAAUUGUAUAGUAAAUUUCUAUGAAGAUCAAGUUCUUCAAAAUGAGUAUAGCACCGAUGAAUAUAAUAGAUUACUUUUUAAAAGGGAUAGCGAUAUUAAAAGCUUGUGUGGUUUAUUCUUUGAAAGUAUCCAUUACUUUUAUCACUACCAGGCUAAAAAAAAGUCAAAUAACAAUAGUUGCAAGAUAAAUAGGUCAAUGACAAAAUUAGAUUCAAUGAGAUUCAUGCAUCAGAUAACUUUAAUAUUGUACUGCGGGAACUGCAAAGAAAUGGUGACAGAUUAUUAUAAUGUGCGUAAAUUAAAUCAUUUUACUCAUUAUUUGAGAUAUACUGAUGGAGAGAAUUUGAACAAUUUGAAAAAAGUCUUUGAAAACUUGCGAUCAUCAUACGAAAUUAAUGGCUUAAAUAGAGGUAGCCUAAUUGUUUUCGAUCUUGAUAAUACUCUCAUUGAUGAUUCUCUAAGACCAUUAUCAAAAAAUUUAGAGUUUCAGUUGAGUGUCUUCAGAAAAUUAUUUGAUUAUGUUGUACUAUGGUCUCAUGGAACAUCUACGCAUGUCUCUAAUGCGUUGAAUUCACUAAAAUUACCUUAUCGAUUCUUCCACGUUAUUAUCACUCGAGCCGAUUGGCAAUCUUGUGGUGGAAACAAAGGAUUAGGUUUUGUAUUAAGCAUAUUAUACAACAAGUAUAAAGUUCGUGAAAUAACAUUUUCAUGUAUUGUGGAUGAUACGAAAGCAAAUUUUACGAAUGAUUAUAUGGUAUUUAUUCAUAUUCCCUCAAAUCAUCCUCACAACGAUUUGACAAAAUUCUACCAGCUUAUAUUAGAAAGAUUACGGAAUAUCAAGUUUCGAUAUGAAAUCAGCAGUACAACUUGGCUUCCAAUGCGAAUAGAUUUGUCAACGGUGAACGUUGAUUUGCAACGACAUCCACGAACAAUUCGAACGAUGGACAAUUAAUGCAAUAUGUUCGUGUUACCAAAGUAUUAUACUAUACAUGCUUCUUUUU